CGAAAGUGGAAACUGGAAACGUCGCCAACAGUAGUGAGAAAUCAACAAGGCAAGUGGCGAGCAGCAUCUGUGCUUUGCUUCUUCCAAUGGCUACCUUCUUCCAAAGGCUCGCCAAGGCGGCGCCGAUCGCCUUCAACAGCUCGUUUCGAGGUCAAUCGAAGUUCAGCUUUCGCAUUCCCUUCGGAGUAGUCGCAGCCGUCUCCGGCGGAAUCUCCUAUCUCUGCUACUAUUCCUCGCCGGAUUUGGUCUAUCUAGAUGAAAUCAAAGAACAGACUGGCCCAAAAGUUGCACUUAAUCCAGACAAAUGGGUUGAAUUUAAGUUGCAAGAUACUGCAAGGGUUAGCCAUAAUACACAAUUAUUCAGGUUUACAUUUGAUCCGAAUGCCAAGUUGGGUUUAUAUGUUGCUUCAUGUCUCCUUACGAGGGCUCCAUUAGGACAAGAUGCUGAAGGGAAACCAAAAUAUGUCAUACGCCCGUAUACUCCUAUUUCAGAUCCAGAUGCCAAGGGAUACUUUGACUUGUUAAUUAAGGUGUAUCCAGAAGGAAAAAUGAGCCAGCAUUUCGCAAGUUUAAAACCAGGCGACAUAGUUGAAGUGAAGGGGCCCAUUGAAAAACUCAGAUAUACUCCCAACAUGAAGAAACAUAUAGGCAUGAUUGCCGGUGGUACAGGUAUUACUCCAAUGCUUCAGGUUAUUGAGGCCAUACUGAAAAAUCCUGACGACACAACUCAGGUGUCACUUCUUUAUGCGAAUGUCUCCCCUGAUGACAUACUGCUUAAACAGAAACUCGACAUACUUGCAGCUAGCCACCCAAAUUUAAAGGUAUUUUAUACUGUAGAUAAUCCAACAAAGAGUUGGAAAGGGGGAAAAGGUUACAUAUCAAAGGACAUGGCAGUUAAAGGCUUACCUGCUCCUGGUGAAGAUACUCUCAUCCUGGUAUGUGGUCCUCCUGGGAUGAUGAAACAUAUAUCUGGUGACAAGGCGCAAGACCGAUCGCAAGGAGAGCUCACUGGCAUACUAAAAGAACUCGGGUACACUGAAGAAAUGGUUUACAAAUUUUGAUUCAGCGAGGAUGAUUUCACUUAUAAGAAGCACUUACUAGGUUUUAUUUCAAAUUUUUGUGCAAUAAACUGUGUUCUUAGGAAGCAUACACAACUCAAACUUGAAUUCCAAAUAAAUUUGGGAACAAUACUGAAUAGGACAUAUUUUGUUAUGAAAUUUGUUGUGUUGUCCACUCGAGGGGACGAAAUGUCAUCUCUCUUUCUGCACAUCAUUGUUUACGGAAAGGAGAUAAUGUUCGAUUCCGAAUUGGCAGAAGCACUUGACUGAUGGUCGUUCAAUUACCGGCUUAUCAAGAAGGCGCGAAUCACUUGGAUUGUUUGGCAGAAGCAGGAAAAGGCCUAAAAGGUAUGGUACGGGUAGGCUGUUGCAUGGAAGAUUGGCAUCUGAAGUGGGAAAUAGCACUUGUGAAUCACUCAGGGGAAUGCAGUUUUUUCUAGCGGUCGAAUUCGACGUGGUUCACUUAGGCAUGCACGGGAAAAUAGGUCCAGGAAGCAUCACAAGGAGAGAAGGCCGGGUAAGCAGCUGUUUCCUUUGUCCGAAAUCUCAAAGAAACCAGUUCCACGGGAGAAGAGAUCCGCAUGGCAGCCUUAUACCUCCGUCGUUUGGUGGGAUAGAUGAGAUUGAGCUUUAGGGAUAGGAUUGGAUUGGCAAAGACUUGUAAGACACGAUUUGUAACCUGUGUAUUAGGAUAUGUUAGAUAACUCACUUUAUCGUGAAUUUACAACUCAUUAUGUCUA